AUUAAUUAAAUAUUGGUUGUUGAGAAUAUUACUUGAAGCAUUCAUUGUUAGGGUUCAUAUUGCUCAAAGCUCUCUUGCACUAUAUUAUUAUUUAUACAUCAUUUGCAAAAGAGAGUAGUGUGAGGAUUUCAUUGUGUAAUAUCAACUCAAGAAGGAGCAUCUCGUGUUGUAUCUAUUGGCUAUUUGAUUCAUUGUAUUUGGAGGUUCUUUGUGAGCCAUUGUAUGGUGAUUCUUGGUGAACACCUUGGUUGAGCUCUUGGUAAGCAGCUGGGAUUGGUUCCCUUAUUGUAAAGGCUUCUCCAUCUUGAAAGGAGAUCAUUAGUGGAUUUUGGAAUCCUUGAGUUGGUCUUAAGGUGUGGACGUAGUGUAGAGACCCAGUGAAUUAUAGCAAUUAAACAAUAAAAGAAAGGAGAGGAAAAGGAAAUUUUUAAGGGAGUCAUAGUAGGAUCUCGCGUUCAUCGACGAAGCGGCUUAUUGGGAUCGUUGACGAGGACACGUGUCUCGUCGACGAGGAAUUACUGAGAGGGCUAUUCCAAUACCUGAAAUUCGUCGACAAUAAAUAAGUGUUCGUUGACAAACUCUCCACUUGGUUUCGUCGACGAAGUGACGUGUCUCAUCGAUGAAGGUAGAUGUAUAAAUAGCACAAACUCGGGUCUUUAGCGAGAAAACCUGCAUGCAAUUCUUUUUUCUCUCUCUACAUUUUGUCCCCCACCCCUUCUCUCUAAGUUUUUGGGCCAGUUCUUCGCCGGUUCAAUGAUUUGAAGCUGCCACGCUACUCGUGGGAAGAUUCUCUCCAUAUUUGCUGGAGUGGAUCGUUGAUUAGGCCUACUUGGGAACCAUCUCAAAAUUUGGGAGCCCCAGAUAGAAGAGCGGAUAGAGCUCUGCAACGUUAGAAUUCAACUGUUCUACCCUGUCUAAAGGGUUAGAAAUGAAGUAACCAAAAAUGAUGUAAAGCUCAUAGAGUAAAACGACGUUGUUUUGAUGCGCCAAAUUGAACCUCUUUACCUAUUCAAACUUGGGAGGCUGAAAGCACUCUGUUCACCGUCACAAAUGGAAGAAAGAGCAGCAGCAGAAGCAGGAGUAGAAAAGGAAGGGGAGCUCAAAUGGAGCAGAGAUACAGUGCCUAGGGUUUUCAAGAUCGCGAGCACGAGGCUGCCCCAGAGAGAUCUUAUCUCUCUCUUGCUUGUCAGCCCAUGGCUUCACCGCACUCUCGUCUCCUGUCCCUCUCUCUGGCUGGCUUUGGAUUUGCGGGAGAUGAACAAUGCUGGAGAUCGACUCGUAGCAGCUUUAUCGCUGUCAAGGUAUUGCCAUGUCAAGCAGAUAAGCCUCGAGUUCGCACAAGAUUUUGAGGAUAAACAUCUUGAUCUCAUUAAAACCAGGUGUUUAGAUUCACUUCAGAACCUUCAGUUUUUAAAUCUGAAUGGCUGCCAAAAGAUUUCUGACAUGGGAAUUGGAGUUAUAACCUCUGCUUGUCCUAAACUUAGAGUCUUCUCUAUAUAUUGGAAUGUGAGGGUUACAGAUCUUGGAAUAGAGCAUGUGGUGAAGAAUUGUAAGCAUAUAACUGAUUUAAACUUGAGUGGCUGUAAGAAUAUUUCAGACAGAAGUUUGCAGUUAGUUGCUGAUAGUUAUCCGGAACUAGAAUCAUUGAAUGUGACCCGGUGCAUCAAGCUGACAGAUGGCGGCUUGAAACAGAUAUUGCACAAGUGUUCAUCUCUUCAGAGUCUGAAUCUCUAUGCCUUGUCCGGAUUUGCAGAUGAAGCUUACAAGAAAAUAUCACUUCUAGCCCAUCUUAGAUCCUUAGAUCUUUGUGGUGCUCAGAAUCUAUCUGAUCAUGCACUUUCAUGCAUAGCAACAUGCAAACAUUUGACUUCUCUCAAUCUGACAUGGUGUGUACUUGUCACUGAUGAGGGAGUCAUAGCCAUUGCACAAGGUUGCACCUCUCUUGAAUUUCUCAGUUUGUUUGGAAUUGUUGGAGUGACUGAUAAGAGCUUGGAGGCUCUUUCAAGGUCAUGCUCAAAAACUAUUACAACCCUUGACGUGAAUGGAUGUAUUGGCAUUAAGAGACGGAGCCGUGGCGAACUACUUGAAUUGUUCCCCCAUGUCAGUUGUUUCAAAGUGCACAGCUAGUAUCAAGGCCUUCAAUUGAUUUUCACCUUCUAUAUAUCAAGGUGUGUAUUGGGAGCUGCUGCUAUACAAAGAACAUUUUUAGGUUUUGCAAGAGACAAUACAGUCUUGGAUCAGUUUCUGCUGCUCCUUUAUCAAUGGCUUGUGCACAGAAGAGGCAAAGCAUACAUGAAUAGGCUAAUGAGAUUUGCUGGACAUUAAGCAACUCUCUAGUUAAUUAUUUAUAUUGUGUACUUUUAAGCAGAAAUUGUGAUGAUUAAAAAAAAAAAAAAGACAAUGGCUGAAAUUGCAACAA